UCACCUUCUCAAUGCUCGACUGCCUGGUCCCUACCAAGCGCGCACGUGCAUCUGCUCAAACCAGCACACCUCCUACCUCGUCCCCACAAGUCUCGGAGCUCCUCACCAUACUCCUCACCACCCCGACCGUCCCUGAGAUACAGAAAUCCACCAGCGAGCUCAUUCACCCUACUGGCUGGACCGAUUACCUCGCCCGCGGCCUCCUCUCGGGCCUGGUCAACGCGAUCGAGCAACACGCCUCAAUGGCCCAAGCAGCCACCGAGGCCCUGCGACGCGCUUCCGAGGAAGCCUUCGAGUUCGCACAAGAACACCCCGUGUACACAACCAUCCUGGCCCUGGGAGUGUUGGUGGCACUCAUGCUGUGGGUGCUUGAGGUGCUUGGAUUUGCCGAGUUGGGCCCGGUGGAAGGGUCAUUUGCCGCGUGGUGGCAAAGUCGGUAUGCGGGAUAUGUGCCGAAGGGAUCUCUGUUUAGUUUCUUUCAGAGACUGGGGAUGGUCUGGCAUUGA